GAUUGUACUUGUUUCCUCAGGUUCCUGAUGAACGCACAGGUUCGACACAAAGAACAGCUUGCCCCUCAUUGCCCAUGUCUUAUCAGGAGAAACAGGUAGCAGAAAAGAAAGAAAGAAAGAAAGACGAAAUAAAAAGUCGACUCUUUUCUUUUGCGAUUUGCGCUCAUCAACACCCGUAAACUAUCAGUGAUAUGCGCCAGCAAGGAUUGUUACAUUUACCUUAUGAGCUACUUGUAGAGAUUUUUGCUUAUUUGACUUUUCAAGAUCUAUUAUCCGUCUUGUCAUGUCAUCCUACCCUGUACUCUCUUUUUUAUCGGAAAGACUCGUCCUUUUGGUUCGAUAUCUGUCGAGUCAAUCACAUUGGCUACCGUCAUCCUCACUUUACAUGGAAAGAUAUUGUACGUUCAGGCGAAAUGCAAAAGAUGUGUCCUCAUUUAAAUGCAAUCGUAAGCCGUCUGCAAGCCGGAACAAAAGACCUGAAAAAAAAGCAACAGUUUCUUUGGACAACCAUGUCCAAGUAUCUGCAACAACAACCACCACCACUACCACCACCCUCCUCUCGGCUGGAGGAUGAACUUUGUCUAUGCUUAUACCCUUCCUGUUAUCAUUCUGAACAAUGGGAUAUCAACAACAACAACAACAACAACAACAAACACACCGAUGUCGCUCAAAGGCAUUCACAUCCUGUUCUAUUACGAUUAUCGUCAUCGCAUCCAUUGGAUUUUUGGUGUACUUUAUGUCUAAAAACGAUCGGCUUUCACGGUUUCAGUACGACUAUCAAAGAAGGUUUAACCAGUGAACGCUAUUUUAUGACCCGACUACUUCAGGCAUUCAUGCAGCCGACCUCGUUGUUGCUGCCUGGAGAAGGAGUCUCUGGGUCGAUGGUCCAUUCAAGGCGAAUGAUUGAACUAGCACUAUACCAACGUCAAUUUAGACAGGCAACGACACAUAUCGUCGAUAGACAAUGGUUCCUGGCAUGGAUCCAAUUUAUUUCAGGAAAGUCCAACAAAGUGCCCGGGGUACUAUCGAAUGAAAAAUUGUUCCGUGCAGACGGAAGCUUGGACCCUACACUGAGCCUUGGUAAAGAUUUUGAAUUGAUCAACAGUACGACUCUUUGGUAUAUACAACGCGUUUACGGCGUUUCUGACAAGACAAUCUGCUACACUGAUCUACCUAAUAACGCUGACUAUUGCAAGUUGCUUCAUGGAAUUCAAAUUGAUCAAAUGAAUGUUGCUUCCAGAUACCCUGACAUUCAUCCAAUCCAUGAUAGAUAGAUCAUAGACCUCCCCUCAUCGAUAUAGAUGGGAUGAUAGAAACACUUGACUUUUUUUUUUUUCACGUUUUGUGACUGAGCCUGGAACGCUUUUCUUUUUUCUCCUUCCGCCUUUUUAUGCUUUAUCCUUCUCACCAUUUUGUUGAUUGCACUUGAAAACACAAAAAUACCUCACUGCUAUAGAAAUAAAACACGCACUUUUUUCUUACAAUG